AUGGUAGGUCAAACAGAGCUGGAAGUGCUCGCCGCAGAGCGUCAGCGCAAGGCGCUCCGACGAACACCCAAGCUCCGAGCGCGGUCUCACGCAGUGCUGGCCAGCACUGGCUCUGUUCAAGGUCAUGCCACCGACACUACGACUUUCGGGACUCUCUAUGGAGUGCUGGUUGACUUUGGUAGCACCGUAUCCGCGAGUUGUGAGAAGAUUGCGUCGGUUUGCAGUGCGCUGCCUGGCUUCCGGUCGGAUAGUCUGGGAUCGGAGGAGCUCGCGUCGAGCAACGCCCUGGAGCACGUGCGGGAUAGUUUGCAGUCCUUGUUGCGAUCAUUGGCGAAACUUUUCGCUAACCUACGAGAUGCACAAGUUCGUCAUCGACUUGAUUCCGUGGAGCUUCCUGCUUGCAUCGUUUCGGAUAUGCGACAGAUCCAGAAUAAUUGGCUCGAUCUGAGUUGCCGCAUCGCAGCCAGCAUUGUUUGUGUGCAGCAAGCAAACCAGUGUAUCGGGGACCCGCAGAGCCAGAGCUUCACAGCUCUCCAUAGCGUACUACAGAAACAUCUCUACCUCUGUCGCAGAGAAUGCAUGCUUCUGGAAAGAAUUCGUACCAUUCAAAAGGAGUUGCGGCUGCGGGAAGCCCGCAUCGACGCCCCCAACCGCCGAGAGGCGCCUGCCCCCGAAGCGUUUCAAGGAUGCAGCGGCGUGCUCCGGCAGAUUAGGUCGAUGCAGAACGAAGAGCGAACCUCCAAGAGCCCGAAGAGAUGCGCUGUGAGAACCAGGCUUGAAAUUAGCGCACCUACGACACCGAACUUGCCAACUGCGGGACGCGAGGCGUUUUUUGUCGGCGCUGUAAAUGAAGCCGCUUCUCGUUCGCGUUGUUCGGAAGCGCUUGCUCCAACGCCGUGCCUUUUUCGUCUGUUCGAGCGCAGCAGCGCCACUCGACAACAUCCUGGAAGCGUUGGCGAACACUUGGACGGAUCGCGAUGGACGUCGCUACUCCAUCAUUCAGCAUUGAGUAGCCAGUGGCAAAUAUUGCGUUUCCGGUCAGAAGGUUUCCACGAUGAGGGUAGUUUGCAAUGCUCGCAUGGAUCAGGUAGCCUUCGUGUCCUCGCAGACUCAUUGCGUACGGAUGCCUAUCAUUACGCGGCAAACUUUGUGGGCUCACCGUGCUCGUAA